CCCCCAGCUGGCCCCGCCCCCCUCCGUCAACAACUGGAUACAGCGAUUUGUGUUUUCGACGGCUAGCGGCGCUAACCUGCUAACGAUGAUUCACGGCGCUCGCGAGGGGAGCAGUGAGCCGAGCAGUAUGGACAUUCGCUCGCUGUCGUUCGCCUGAAACACAGUCCGUCGAUAGUGUGCACCGAUGCGCAGCCAACGCGAGCUGAAGGACCGACGACAGAGUGGAGAGCGCCCCGCACAGCGUCUUUUAGCCGCGUCUGAGAGCAGCUAACACGGCUAACACCUCACCAGUGGCGAUAACGCUCCAGUAUCUGGCUGCCUGACAGCUGGCUCGGUUCGCUGCGUGCCCCUUCACUGUACGGUAGCUGAAAUUCACUCGCUGGAACAAUGAAGUGUCUCUGACAUUGAGUGGACUGAGGCCCAGUUGGUUGUCACGUUGAAGAAGCCAGCGCUCGUUACUGUUAAGCUGGGUCUCUGGGUUGAUUGCGGUGUGGCCGUCGAUGAGUGGAAGAGCUUGAGGUCAACUUGUCGAUGCACCCCUUGUUUUGAUCUGUCAGUAUGAUGCCGAUGAUAUUAACGGUGUACCUCAGUGAUGGGGAACAGGCUGUGACUGAGGUGCCAAUCACCCCCGAGACAACGUGCCGUGAUGUUGUCGAGUUCUGCAAGGAGCCUGGUGAGAGCGGCUGCCACCUGGCUGAGGUCUGGAGAGGCAACGAGCGUGCAAUCCCUUUUGAGCAUAUGAUGUAUGAACAUUUGCAAAAAUGGGGCCCUCGUAAGCAAGAGGUCAAGUUCUUCCUCCGCCAUGAAGACUCACCUACUGAGAGCAGUGAUCAAGGGAGUCAGCAGUCUCAGGAUCAGACGAGUCGCAGAAGUGGAAACACUGGAGAGAAGCACAAUGAGAAUGGGGUGGGGAAUCAGCGCGUUGAGCUCACGCUGUCAGAGCUGCAAGAGAUGGCCAAUCGGCAGCAGCAGCAAAUCGAGGCUCAGCAGCAGAUGCUUGUUGCAAAGGAGCAACGUUUGCGGUACCUGAAGCAGCAGGAGCGGCGUCAGCAGCAAACGGUGUCUGAGGCCGACAAGCUGCAGAGGCUAAAGGACCGUGUGGAGAGCCAGGAGGCGAAGCUCAAAAAGAUUCGGGCAAUGAGAGGCCAGGUGGACUACAGCAAGGUCAUCAACGGCAACUUGUCGGCAGAGAUCGAGCAAGUUAGCGGCCUGUUCCAAGAGAAGCAGGCAGAGUUGCAGGCCGCUGUGCUGAGGGUAGAGCAGCUCAGCCUGCAGCUGGAGGACCUGCGCAGAGGAAAGCUUAACGGCAUACAGACAGCCCUGGGAGGACAAGUGACUGGCACCGCUGCUUUAGAGCUGCGGAAACUCUACCAGGAGCUCCAGAUCCGGAACAAGUUGAACCAGGAGCAAAACAGCAAGCUGCAGCAACAGAAGGAGCUACUGAACAAGCGCAACAUGGAAGUGACACUCAUGGACAAGCGAAUCAGCGAGCUGCGGGAACGCCUAUAUAAGAAAAAAGCUGAGGCACGUCAAAAAGAGAACCUCCCUCUAAACAGGGCCAAUGGGCCUCCCUCUCCCCAGCCCGCCCCUGGGACCCUGGGCCGGGUUGCUGCUGUUGGGCCAUACAUCCAAGUUCCUGUACCGGGCCGACAGGAGGGAAGCUACAAUAUACCACCUGAUCCACUGAAGCCCCAGACGCUGGGCGUGAAUAAUCAAUCCAACCAUGGCCGCCCCAAGUCAGACGGUGUGCGAAAGCCUCCCGGCCCUUGGAAGGUGUCUGAUUUAGACAUCGUUGUGGACCCGGUACCCCCGCCCCUUCCAGAAUCGCACCCCGGAGCCUCCACUGGCUCUGACGGCACGUCCCCUAAUGAAGCUAGUUGGUCUACCUUAGGCAAAAGCGGAUCAACACUUAAGACUCCAGAGAGAAGAGACUCAGGGACUGAUACCCAGGCAAAGAGUCCCUCAGGCUCCCCUGUCACUCCAAGUGCAGACAAGGUGCUAGAUCCCAAAAUGGCCAUAUCUUCCCCCGCCAUAUCUAAGCCACAGCCACCUCCCUAUGGCUCCCACCUUACCUCUGCAAGCUCAGCAAGCUCUUUGGAUCGUCGCAAGGAUGCCCCUCCUCCCCCUCGCCCACUUCCAAACCCGCCAGCUCCUGCUUGGCCCCGUACUUCCCCAUCCACAGGCUCAUCCUCGCAGCAGAUUCAACAGCGUAUCUCUGUGCCGCCAAGCCCCACCUUCCAGCCUAAUCCACCGCUUUUCCCUCCGGGGCUGAGCGAGCGACUGGACCCCCCCCCAGCUGUGGCAGUACGCCCCUUCAUGCCAGACAGAGGGUCACGACCUCAGUCGCCCCGUAAGGGCCCGCCUACCGUGAACUCAAGCUCCAUCUAUCACAUGUACCUCCAGCAGGCAGCGCCAAAAAGCCAGCCCCUCAAGCCAGCUCUGAAAGCAGUAUAUGGGAAACCUGUUCUCCCCUCCAGUUCAACUCCCCCAUCACCUCUGCCAUACGCUCAGACAGGAGCCUUCCCAAUGCUCCAAGGCCACCCCAGUGGUGAGGACACUUUAGAUGGAGAAUUUGAUGAUCAUGAGGGCUUCCCUCACCUGGAGCCAUCGGCACCGCCUCCCAGCGUAGAGAACAUCCCCAGACCACUCAGUCCGACUAAGCUAACACCUAUGGUACACUCCCCUCUGCGCUACCAAAGUGACAUUGAUCUUGAGGUGCUCCGUAAAAAGCUGGCCAAUGCCCCAAGACCCCUCAAGAAGCGUAGCUCCAUAACAGAACCAGAAGGCCCAAGUGGACCCAACAUCCAAAAGCUGCUUUACCAGAGAUUCAACACUUUAGCGGGAGGUAUAGAGGGAAAUGGAGUCAGUGGGUCCGGAGGUGGAAGUGGCGCAGGUAGCGGAAUGCCAUUUUAUCAGCCUGCAAAUCCUCCUGGAUAUCUGGGAGGUGACUCUGUUGCUGACACAGACAAUGGCAACCUGCCCUCUGACUUGCUCCUGCCAGCACCACCAGUGGCGGAGGAGCUGGGCUCUGAGGCGGCACCCCCAUCUACUGACGCUAAUGACAAUGAGCCGCUGCCCUUAGCAGCAGAAGGGCUAGGGGACCCCUCUGAAGAUGAAGGACCUGAGGAGGAGGAGGAGGAUGAUGAUGAUGACGAUGAUGAUGACAACAACAACAAUGUUGGGAACUCUGAGUUGCUGCUUCCCAGCCCUGUGCUGGAGGUCUCCACUCCAGAAGAAAGCGGCCUAGUAGGCUCACAGGCACUGGAGAAACGCACAAACUUGAAGAAGCCAAACUCUGAGCGCACUGGCCAUGGCUUUCGAGUGAAAUUCAACCCUCUGGCCCUUCUACUGGAUGCUUCAUUGGAGGGGGAAUUUGACCUUGUCCAGAGGAUAAUCUAUGAGGUGGAGAAUCCAAGCACUCCCAAUGAUGAAGGCAUCACACCUCUUCACAAUGCGGUGUGUGCAGGUCAUCAUCACAUAGUCAAGUUCCUGCUGGAUUUUGGUGUGAAUGUCAAUGCAGCAGACAGUGAUGGAUGGACUCCACUUCACUGUGCCGCCUCCUGUAACAGUGUUCAUUUGUGCAAGUUGUUGGUUGAGUCAGGAGCAGCCAUAUUUGCCAGCACCAUUAGUGAUGUGGAAACUGCUGCAGAUAAAUGCGAAGAGAUGGAAGAGGGCUACAUUCAGUGCUCCCAGUUCCUUUAUGGUGUUCAGGAGAAGUUGGGUGUAAUGAACAAGGGGACAGUUUACACUCUGUGGGAUUAUGAAGCUCAGAACCAGGACGAGCUGUCAUUCAGCGAGGGGGAUGCCAUCACCAUCCUGCGACGGCAGGACGACAGUGAAACGGAGUGGUGGUGGGCUCGACUCGAGGACAAUGAGGGCUACGUGCCUCGUAACCUGUUGGGGCUCUAUCCUAGGAUCAAGCCUCGCCAGCGCUCCCUGGCAUAGUGUCUCACACCACUGACCUCUGGCUAACAGCUGGACUAGGGACAGAACCAUGAGCAUAGAACAAAAGGAGCCUGGUGCUCUAUAUUCUUCCCAGUGGCCAUAAUCUCCCCCAGCCUUGUGCUUCUCACUAAAUCCUUUUUCUCUGAAGCAGUGGGCACUGAACUUUGAUGCACAUAUUUACAUCUGCACAGCACAGACACACACAAGCACACACACCCAUAGAAAUGCAAGCGAAAAUCUCUUAAACCACUCCAUCCUGACCCCUCUCAUCUUUCAACUUAUUGCUCUGUCAUUGUCCCCACUUGAGUUUUUCCCGAUUCAGUGUCAGCUUUGUAUCAGGCCUCAACUUAAUGAAUAAAACACUAAUCCUUGUCUCAGUAUUUCUUACAGUGUUAACAGCCACCCGCAUCUCCCUAAUGAGGUUUAUAGAGGAACUGGUUUAUAUGACGCUACAUGACGAAUGGAAAAUCAUCUUAAAGGGUGAGAAGUUGCUGAUUUUGUCAGUAAUGUGGAAUUUAUGGACAUUGGAUGUGUUUAUGAAGCCAAUUUGACUCCCUUGGACAAAGAUACACUAAUGCUGAAAGAAGCUCUGUUUUACUGUAGUCUAACCACCAAAGACAAAUAUAGAUGUAAUGGUUUAAAUUCAGUAACUGUAACCUUUUUUAAGAAUGAGGACUGAGUUAAUCAAUUAAUUCACUGCUUUCAAUAGUGAUUGAACGGCUGACCUGGAACAAUGGAUUUUGUAUUGAAAUAUUGAAAAUAUUUUGAAUCGUCAGUAUUAACUACACAAGAAAUACAAUGUAUUAAAUUUGAGAUUACUGUAUAGAAUGAAAAUUAUAAACAUCAUUGUGAGACUUAUGUUGUUGGAUACAGGUUGUUAAGGUUGUUGCCACACAUCCACAAUAUUCCUAACUUAAGCUAAAGCUUCAGUCAGUAAUCACAUUUUUGUUAUAUAUGAGAUAUAGCAAAGUAUUAAAAAUUGUCUGAAUAAGCAGUCCAACCAUUUAAAUGGAGUUAAUCUGAUUACUAAUGGUAUGAGCAGGUUAUAUGUUUAUAUUAUAGGUUGCCAAAUACUUACAUAAACUGUUUCUGUACAACAAAAAUAUCACCAACUAAAUUUCAGGGAUUAUUCUUUUGAAGAAUAUGGCAAAUUACAUUUCCUACAAGACAUACUUGUUUUAUUUUAUAUAAUUUACAUUAUCAAAUUUUGUUUUAGUUGUGAUUAAACAACAUUUCAAGAUCACUUGAAAGCAAUAUACAUCAAAUUAGGAAAACUACAAAGGAACCAUUUAAUACAAUGAUUAUCAGGUAGACCGCAUUCAGACCUUUGUUUACUGCCUAGGCAAAGUGAACACAGUUUUAAAAUCUUUUUUACUACUAGCUGCUAAGUAAGUCUCUGUCAUCCAAGGCUGCAGUUAUUGUAGCUGUGAAAAAUCCCACUUGAAACAAUAAAUCUCAGGACCAACGUGGUGCUGGUAACACUGUUCCACCACUCAACUAGUGAGCUUGUUUUCUAUUUUAAUUCCUAGCAGACAUCAUUUCAUUUGAGGAUAAAACCAAACUAAAAUACAGUCCUAAGUAGGCCAAAAGUAUGAACGGAUAAGACAGCUAUUGUGUCCGAAAUAGAAAUGAUCAGAUUCAGCCUUUAAAUUAGCUUCAGACAAUCCUCACGUGACCUGAUCUCCAUCCUUUUAGGUGAACCAUAUUCCAGUAACGCUGAUACAUGUGUAGUCUGUCAUGAGUCCAUCCACUUGUACUGAACCCUGCGUGGCUGAGUGUGCUAGUGGCCCGGGAUUUAUUAGGACACAAAUCUGUACAUAUUGUGAGGAGAUGUGUUGACUGUUUGCUGUAUGAACGGUGGGCUUUCUGUAUAAAUGCUGUACUCACAUUCAAUUCUGUAAAUGUUAAUAAAACGAUCUCUGGCAUGAA